CGAACUGCAACCUGUCGGGAGUAUUUUGGUUCCUGUAAAACGACAACCAAUGGAAACAGCGCCAUCUUCCGCAAACACGCGUUAAAGUCACGUUUUUUUUUUUAAAUUGAAUUCAAACUAAACACACGAAUGGUGAAUAUUAUUGAGUGACAACAAUUUACUCACUGUUGUAAAAACGAGCAGUUUAUUUUAGCACCCACAUGGCGGAGAAAGUCACGUUUAGUUGUCAAAGCGAGCCGGGCGAUAUUCAUUUUAAGUUCGGCCACGCUUCCUUUGAGGUGUUGACCGACUUUCUGACGAAUCUCAACGAGAAAAACAAAGACAACCUGAACAGUUUGUCGACAUGUUGCGGAGUGUUCAAGGAUAAAAGACUGUUUGAAUACACUUUGCUGAUAUCUCAGGAGCUGAGACUGGACCCGCUGGCCGGCUACCACGCCAUCGAAUUAGUUCAGAGGUUCCUGGUCAAGCACAUCACACGUCUGCUCAGCGAGCCGUCGCCUCAAGGGGCCACUCAGGCCGGGGCGGGGAGCCGCGAGGACGCCAUCUUUGAGCAGCUGAAGGAGAGGUUGGCCAUGAUGGUGUUUUCCUGCGUGCAGCUGGCCAGCAAGAUGUCUCUGCACAGCCACAUUAUCGACAUCAACACGGCCGUGCGCUUCCUGCACUCGGUCGGCCUGGACGUCUCCAAGCAGGCCGUGCUGGAAUCGGAGCUGAUGGUGCUGAAGGUCUUGGAGUUCCGACUGGACUGUCCCAACCCUCUCACAUACGUGGAAAUACUCCUGGAGGUUCUGGGCUUCAACGAGCCUUCCACCCCAGUGGAGCACCUGCACCACCUGUGCCGCCAUGUCCUCCAGUUGGUGAGCCUGCAGCGCAGCCACCUGUACGACGCCCUGCUGACCGCCACCACGCAGACCCACAACCCCACCAGGGAGCAGAGGGAGAAGUUUGUGGCGGUGACUGAAGACUGCAUGCUCCUGGCGGUCGGUGUCAUCGCCGUGGCAACCUUCAUCCUGCACGUCAGAGAAUGGGAAGAAGUGGUGAAAGAGCUGAGCCACAUCACGGGAAUCUCCACCAGAAGCAUCAGCGAUUUCGCCCGCGUGGCCCUCAAGCUCAUCGUGGAGGGCCCUCAGACGCCGACCCGAUAAGUCUAGCCUCUCCUCCUACUGUGUACGUUAUUAGGAGCAAUAAACCCCCCUCGUCUUAGCGCUACA